UCUAGCCGUCACAUGGGUAGUUUGGUGCCCGCAAGACUUUUAAAGGUGCGGGUGCUGUUACGGCGUGGCUGUGUCCUGAGCGCUGGGCAUUGUCACUAGGGGACCAAGUGUGGCUGUGCCACCACUCUGCACUGUGCCGGAGCAACGAUGAAACAUGCAGAGAAUGACACAGAGGAGAGUGACCCUGUCGGGGGAGCAGAUCAACAAUGGGAAUGCGAGGUCACCUGGCAGGAUGAUGGAGGGGACAGGGAAAGCAUCUGUGAAAGCUUCCAGCUCCUGCAGAUUGACACAGGCUGUGACAGCCCGAAGGACCUUCCUGUGGGGAGCGAGAAGUGGUACUCGAAGAAUGUUUUGAGGAAACAGAGGCAUUGGGAGAAAAUAGUUACGGCGAAGAAGAGAAAGAGAAAACAGGAAAAAGAGAGGAGAAAAGCUAAACACGCUGAAGAUAAAGGCAUUGCUCAUCAGCACAGCAAACGUGUUUUAAAAGCGAUCGCCAAGGAGCGGCUUCUGGCAGCCAAAGAGGCAGCACCCUGGCUGUGUAUAGAUCUGAGUAUGACCAGCCACAUGACACAGAAGGAAAUAAGUCGCCUUGCCGCUCAGAUAAGGAGGCUGUAUGGUUCCAACAAGAAAGCUGGAAAGCCGUUUUGGAUUUGCCUUACUGGAUUUGUGGCAGGCAGUCCUAUUUCUGAAGAGUGCUUACGAAUGAACGAUGGGUUUUCCAAUUACCUCAUGGAUACCACUCCAGAAAGUUACCUUGACCUAUUUCCUUUAGAGACGAUUGUCUACCUCACUCCUGACUCUGAGAAUGCUCUGCAGGACAUUGCCCCCCGCAGAGUGUAUGUCCUCGGCGGCCUCGUGGAUGAAAGCAUUCAGAAGAAACUGACCUUGCAGAAGGCACAGGAGCACUCCUUGCAGACAGCUCGGCUGCCCAUUGCCGAGUACAUGGUGAAGAACGCCAACGUGAAGAACUAUCAUUCGGAGACGUUAGCAAUCAAUCAAGUCUUUGAUGCCUUAUCAACUUACUAUGAGACCCAGAACUGGCCAGAAGCAUUGAAAGCUGGAGUUCCGCCUGGAAAAGGCUACGUUCUCCAGGAAACAGCUCUAUGAUGGAAAAUGCAUCUGCUUAGCAACACGCAAGAAGACUCUUUAUUCUGUGAUGUUAAUGGGCUGCACAGCCAAAGGAAGCAAACUCCUCCCUCGUUAUUUCAAGCAGAGGCAUCAGCGUAGCUUGUGUACAGAGAAAUGUGGCUUACAUGGCAUAAGGAGCUCAUCAGUUUCAUACAUUCUACCUCACUGGUGUAUUGCUGGAAAACAAGGGUCAUCCCUGGGCUUCAAAUACAGAGAACUUGUCAUUUCUUGCUGAUGUUCUGUUAGUGUUUUGGAAAUGUCUGCACUACUGUACUACCAGUUCCUCUUGGGGCAGGGAGAAGAUGUACAAAAAUCCCUUAAGGUUUUGACUGUCAUGUUAAUGACAAGUAAGCAAUGUGGGGUUAAAGUAGUUAAUUACACCAGUGUAGCAGUUAACUGGACUGAUCUUUUCACAGGUAAAACACAGUGCUCUUAUUUAGGAAAGUUUCUCUUGUAAUGCUCCACUCAUAUUUCUGCUACUUAACAUCCAGGGCCGGCGCUUCCAUUAAGCUACCCUAGGUGGUUGCCUAGGGCUCCAGGAUUCGAGGGGUGGCAUUUUGUGCGCUCCCCAUAGGAGCAUCAGUUCUGCUCCCGUCGUGCCGCCAAAGGACCUUCUGCCAAUGUGCCGCGGAAAACAGUGGCAGGCAAUCGAGCAGCUCAAUGACUACCGCUGUUGCCUGUGGCAUUUCGGCGGAGGGUCCUUCUUCGGCAGCGCGAUGAGAGUGGAACCAGAAGCUCCCACGAGCCCCAUGGGGAGCGCACAAAAUGCCGCCCCACAAAUUCUGCCUAGGGUGCCAGAAGCUGUGGCGCCGCUCCUGUUAACAUCUAAUUAAUGUCAUAAUAGAAUAUUUAUUCUUGGAUUUCCCCUACCCCACCACUAACCAUUGAUGGCUGCCCUCUUGAAACAUUCAGUAGGAUGAAAACAGUUCUUGCAGGGAAGAUGCCCCAAAUCAAUACUGUCACCCCACUUUACCUAUUCACCUUCUGAAAGCUGUGAUGUGUUAUACUGCCAGGAUAUAGUCCAGGAACAAAGGAAGCAUAAAUGUUUUUAAGUAUAAAGGGAAGUUUGCUAGCUCAUGCAGUGCUGUUGCUACCUACUUUUGUUGAACACACUUCUCCCCCUUCCCCACACUUAAAUGGGGUAAAAAACACCAAAACUAGAUUUAGAAGGCCUGAGUCUCAUUCCAGGAGGUGCUGUGCGCUGCAGCUUGCCGCAAUGUACCAGCACUAGCUUACUCUACCUAGCUCACUAAAAGUAGAAGUGAGGAUGCUGCAGCAUGAGUUUCUGUGUAGGCUACAUAAGUGAGUGUACAUGGGCAGUGGGCCAGGCAGGCAUGCUUCUGAAACCCACCCUGGGGCAUCCUUUCUCUGCUGUUUUCUAAAGUGCAGGUAUGUGUACAUGAGCGGCAAAUAACACCCACAGCUGCUGUGCAGCCACACCCUAGGACUCCUUUAUGUGGCCAGGGAUGUGAAUGGGGCCUUAAUGUAACUGAGAGUUUGCGCCCAAAGUAUUUAAAGACUUAGCUAACAAAUAGUACAGAACAGCUGCAGGUGCUAUUGCUGGCUGCAAUGUUUAUGCCUGGGGGAAUUGUGCACAUAUGCAGCAUUCAUGGGCCAAGAGGAAUUUUUUUUCCCCUGCAGUAAAUAACUUGUGAGGGAAAUUUGCUGACGUUAUGCCUUUUGCCUACCAGGGGCCACUGUGGCACUAGACCCAAACAGCUGCUCCAGGGCCAGCCCCAGCUGCUGAUAGGGAAGAGAAGGUAGCACCAUGCCCAUGGGGCCAGGUCAGGAAACAGGGUAUGAGAGGUUAGAGGGGGAAGGAAAGAGACAGAGUGUGGGGCAUAUGGGGCUGCUGGUGGUGUGUGUGUCACAGACAGGUUCAUAAGGGAUAUUGAGGGAGGACAGACUGGGGCAGGGGCUAAAUGGGAGUGGAGGUGCAGGGCCCUGAGGGACACAGGGGAGGAGGUGCAGGGACACAUAGGGAUGAGGGGUAUCUGCAUCGAGGCACAGGGCCCCCUGGGGUUGUGGGGUGUAGACACACAUGGGGGUAAGGAGGUAGCUGAGUGGGGGCACAGGGACACAUGGGGUGGGGGUGCAGAGACAUAUGGGGGUAUGGGGUAGCUGUGUGGAGGUGUGGGGCACAGGGACAUGUGGGAAUGAGGGGUAACUCUGGGGGCACAGGGACAUGUGGGGUGGGGGUGCAGGGACACGGGAGUGGGGUAUAGAGACAGAGGGGUGGAAGGACACAUGGAGUUGGGGGUGCAUGGCCCUAUGGGGACAGGCAGAUGUGCCUGACUGAAUGGGAGCACCCAGGAGCUGCACAGCAGAGCCUCCCUAACAAUCUCCCUGUCCCCCUCAAAAAAACUUGUUCCAUACUUCUCCCACCCACACCCAGCAAUACCCCCAAAUUCACACUCAGGCCCCUUCCCAGCAAUUACUUCCCUCAGCUCCUCUGUUACCCCUAACUCCCCCAAGCCUUUGCACUGCUUUGGGGUUGCUGGUGGUGGUGAGAAAUACAGUUCUGUACUGCAGUUUAAAUGAAUUAUUACACAGAGGUCUGUAUUUAUAGGCUUAAUAAGGCACCUAUUUGUCAAAAAACAUUUCCUGAAUCUUUUUUAGUGUCCAUAUUGUUACAGACAUACUUGCUGACACCUAUAUUGAAAUAAAUUACCAAAAUAAUGGAAACUUGGUAGGUGUGUGUUAUUUUGACAAAUAAAAUGUGCAGAAUUUUGCAGACUUUUCAAA